CUGCCCUGAGAAAGGAAGUGGGAGGUUAACUUUCUACGUGCUGUAUUGCUCAGUGAAUGAGUCCCUGUGUGCGAGACCAGCAGUGCAUUCAGUAUUUCCGUGUGCCUGUGCACCUGCUGGCACAUUUCUGGGCUUCACACUGGGCUUCCCCCUGCAUGGCCAUGCUGUACCUGCAAUGCUUCGAGAUGGGGAGAAUGUGCGUCAGAGCUUUUCUGUAGCGUGAGAGUGGGCACUGAGGGAAUGGCCCAAGACCUGGGAAGAAAUGGACACUCUGAAGCUGAUUUUCUUGGCUUCACCCCUGGUGCUGCCAGAGCACAUCAUGUGAGCAGAAGGGUGAGCGCAGAGCGGAUCCCUGCCUGCCCGCACUUGACGUUACUGGGACCACAUCUCUCAGCAGGAGGAAAAGACGCUUCGUUCACCGAUGCUAAAAAUGGGAGGCAGCAUCUGUCCGGCAGACAGGGAAAAGAAACUGCAGACUUUACCUGUGGGACACCCCAGGUUGUGCUGCAGUGCUGCAGCCCACGGGCAGUGAGGGACAGCAUGGCUCUCAAUGUGCUCCUGCACAACCGCAGGGCUCAGCUCCUGCUGCUCAACUCUCUGACAUUCGGGCUGGAGGUCUGCCUGGCUGCUGGCAUCACCUACGUGCCUCCAUUGCUCCUGGAAGUGGGCGUGGAAGAGAAGUUCAUGACCAUGGUGUUGGGGAUAGGACCUGUCCUUGGCCUGGUUUUUGUCCCACUGAUUGGAUCCGCCAGUGACCACUGGCACAGCAGCUAUGGCCGAAGGCGGCCGUUCAUCUGGGUGCUGUGCCUGGGAGUCCUGCUGAGCCUCUUCAUCAUCCCUCACUCCAGCAGCCUGGCCAGCCUGUUUGCCCUCAAUACUCGCCCUCUGGAGAUCGCCUUCCUCAUCCUGGGCAUUGGACUGCUGGAUUUCUGCGGCCAGGUCUGCUUCACCCCACUGGAGGCUCUGCUCUCAGACCUCUUCCAGGAGCCGGAUAACUGCCGCCAGGCCUUCUCCAUGUACGCCUUCAUGAAGCUUGGGGGCUGCAUCGGCUACCUGCUUCCAGCCAUUGACUGGGGGGCCAGCUUUCUGGCCCCAUACCUGGGAGGACAGGAGACGUGCCUCUUCAGCCUCCUCGCUGUCAUUUUCCUUGGCUGUGUGCUGGCCACGCUCUUUGUGACCGAAGAAGCAGCUGCUCAAGCAGAUGCUCUGGAUGGCCCAGCACUGAAGGAUGCUCUCCCUAAGCCCUCACCCUCUGCCUGCUGCUCUUGCCAGCUCUCCACGAGCUUCCUGCAGGCCAGGCACAUGAUGCAGGCCCUGAGAAACCUCUGCACGUUGGUGCCACGGCUUCACAGCCUCUACUGCCGCAUCCCCAAGGUCAUCCGGCGCCUGUUUGUGGCUGAGCUCUGCAGCUGGAUGGCACUCAUGACUUUCAUGCUGUUCUACACGGACUUUGUUGGGGAAGGGCUGUACCAUGGUGUCCCCAGAGCCAAGCCAGGCACAGAUGCCAGACGCCGCUAUGAUGAAGGUGUCCGGAUGGGCAGUUUGGGGCUCUUUUUGCAGUGCGUCACCUCCAUCUUUUCGACAAUCAUGGACCGGAUGGUGAAGCAGUUUGGGACACGAGCUGUGUACCUGGCCAGCGUGGUAUUCUUCCCUGCUGCUGCCUUUGUCAUGUGCCUUUCCCACAGUGUCACCGUUGUCACCAUCUCUGCUGCUCUGACGGGCUUCACCUUCUCUGCACUCCAGAUCCUGCCAUACACGCUGGCAUCACUGUACCAUCAUGAAAAACAGGUAUUUUUGCAUAAAUACAAGAGCAAAGAGGAGAGAGACGCAGCUCGAUCGGACAAGAAAUCAUCCUUCCCCAAAGGCCACCUCUCCAGCCAAAAGCUGCCUUACCAGAACGGACACUCCGGGGGCCUCUACUCCUCAUCCUCCUCUUCCUCCUCUCCCCCAGCUGCCAGCUCUGCCCUGUGUGGCAGCUCCUCCUGCGAUGUCUCACUGAUGAUGAUGGUGGGCGAGCCGGACUCGGUUCCUCCAGGCCGAGGGAUCUGUUUGGACCUGGCCAUUUUGGACAGUGCUUUCCUCCUCUCUCAGGUCGUCCCCUCUCUCUUCAUGGGGUCCAUCGUCCAGUUUACGCAGUCGGUGACUGCCUACAUGGUGUCAGCUGCCAGCUUUGGCCUCGUUGCCAUUUACUUUGCAACCAAAGUUGUCUUUGAUAAGAGUGACAUGGCCAAGUAUUCGGUGUGAUGGCGAACGCACCGGGGCAGCACGUGGGUGCCAAGAUGAGGGGUGUGCACGUCCCCAUGGCUGCUUCUGGAGUGCUCCGUGUCGUGUGUGCUGCCCCGUGCUGCUGCAGGGAACCCCAGUGCUGCUCUGGGGCUGGGGAUGGCAGAGAGGCGGCAGGGAUAAGCUCAGGUGUAAAUAGGAGGCACUGGGGCAUCGUGCUUUGGGCCAUCAGUGCUUUCCACACAGUGCCUUUCUCAAAAGUAAGCACUGCACAGCCAACACCAAAGGAAUUGCAAUGGGGGGGAGGAAGGAAUCAGGCUUUUCCUUUAGUAACGGGUGUGGGGAGGGGGGAAGAGCCACUGGCUCUCCUGCCUUCCAGUGAUGCAUUUAUCCUCUUCCCCCGCUUGCUGCAGUUGUACUCAACUUAUUGAGUAACGCUUCCUCAAAGAGGACACUGAGAGGAGAUCACCUUGGAAGAAGGAUGGGAGCUCAGGUUUGGCUGUGGAGCAGGAGGGAUGUGUGUCUGUUCUGACUGGGAGAAACCACCCAGGAGAAAAGUCACUACGGCAUGUUUUGGAAAAACAAGGAACGUUUCAUUAGGACCGAUUCCAAAAGAUGACUUAUCUUUUACCUAUGCACCAAAUUGCAUCAGAUGGAAAGGACUGCUUAACGUUUUUAUUUCUUUUCUUAGGAAUGAUUCUUUUUAGCUUUCCUUACACUUCUGGAUAACUGACCUCUCUCUCAAUGCCCAGAACAGCCGCCUGCUCUCUCCCAGUGCCUCCUACCAGAUCCAGACUGGUUUGCACCCCCAAACCCGAUGCUGCAGCAUCACGAGGGUUCAGUCCUGCAGCGAGGGAGGAGAACAGGCAGAGCUCUCCAUGAAGACGAUCUGGGAACAAACGUACCUCAUCAAAUUCUUAUCUGCUCCAAGUGCCUCUCAAUCCCAUAACACUGGGACCAGUGCUGCUGGGUUGGUCAGCCCUCAGAUGUGAGUCACCUUCUGCUGGCCCGAGACAAGUGCACCAGCUGCACCAAAGCUCUGGCACUCAGAGAUCACCCCUGUGCUGAGUAGGAGCCGAGAUCCCAGCUUGCAGUUAGCACUUAGGCUCUGAAAUGGUGCAAACAGUGCCCAGAGUGAGGCACGAACAUCUGGAGGCACGACUCAGCAGCCCUCAGUUUCAGCUGCAAACAAAGUGUUUGGGACCAAUUUUCAGUGGAGAUGUGUGGGCAGUGAGAUGUGCUGGUGAGGCACUGCUGAAGGGCAAAAUGUUGCUAUUUUUGCAAGGUCGUGGCAGAAUAUUCCUUGGCAUGGAAGUGAGAUUACUGCCCUGCUGUUUGCAAGCGGGUCCUAAGAGGGCUUCUCCUCACUGCUUUAAACACAUCUUUCCCGUAAGGGGUGACUCUUUUUGUUUUAUUUCUCCUCAAAUUAUAUGCCUACCAGCUUCCCUUUCCCACAAGAAGCCCCGUGUGCUGAAAUGCAGCUGUUUUGGGAAUGGAUUUGGCAGCUGCGUAACCAUUGACGGAAGCGGUUUUCUGUGUGUGCUUCCACCCCUGGUCUCUGUCCUCCCCAGACUUCAGGGGGAAGUCCUGCAGGCAGAAGGUCACUACUAAAGGUGCAGCACUUCUUGAAUGCUCCCAGGGAUCAGUAACCUUUUCGAAGAGCUCCCUGCCUGAGUGCUGGAACACUUUGCCAUUUGUUUAAGUGCCUGAAAAGUGCUUCCACAACACAGCCCGGGUGUGCAGGUGGAACGAUGAGGGCCUUGAGAGCUUCGUUAAGAACAUCUAAGUGAUACUCGAGAGAGCAGUGGGCUCAGGGGGUUGGCAGCCUUUCCUCAUAACAUCUUUUGGCUUGGAAUGUGAGAGCCAAAGGUGGUGCAGUUCUUCAUCCUUAACUCAUAGCUGUCUGUCGAGAGUGGAAGGCUGAAACCUGCCCGACUCCCCCAUCCACAGAGAUGGCUUUGGAGCAGCGAUGUACCGAUGGCCAGGAGUGGUUUGUGGUGACGUUGGGUGCAGCAGGCUGUGUGUCCCAGCUGAGCUGGAGGGCCUGAGGUCGGUCCAUGCUGGUUGGGUCUCAGAUCUGCCCUCCACUCAGGCUCUGUGAUCACCCAUCCACAUCUGCCCUAAGGCUUUGGUGCCCAGGUCUUGGUGGUAACUCUGAUCUUACACUUCCAGGGAGGUGCCUGCUUUUAUUUCAUUUAUGUUCUGAAAAGACCAUUGAGCCCAUGGCUGUGGCCAGCUGCUCUUGCUGCUUCAUUCCAGGUGGGUGCCUGGUGUUUCACCUUGGCCUGACCUGGGAGGUGGUUGGUGACACAGCUCCUUCUCCGCAGAGAUGUGGUCCCAUCUAACCAUCCAUUCGCAUCCUGGCUGUGCUGCUCUUGUUCCAGUCAGCUCAGCAAGUGUGAGAAGAGCUCCCUGGUUAUGUACUCUCUGAUUUCUCAGCUCCCUCUUCUCCCUUCUUUCCAUUUCCUCAACUGGAGUGAAACCCUGCGGAUUCGGUAAUUGCUCCUUUCCUCCUUACCCUCCUGUUACACCAGGAGAAAUCUGCUGGGCCCUCUGCCAGCUCCCAACACAGUGGGCAGAUGGGUGCAGGGAGGAGCUCUUGCCAAGACCCGUUGCUCUUUGCUAACCCUGUCCCCUGCAGGAGCCCAAACCCAGACAGAUGGGGGCUGUCUGCAAGAGAGCUGUGUAGAAAACCACAGAGUGCAGUCUGGUCCUGGAUCAUUACCAAAAGCCUUUCUUCCUAGGUCAGGAUGUCACUGAGGCUUAUAGGAGAGGCAUUUUCCAGGAUACGUACUGAGAAACUCCUGUCUUCCUAAGACUGUCCUUUCUGGUAAGCAGCGUGCUGCUGGACCAGCUCCCUGUGUCCACAUCCCACACAGCCCAGCAGGGGUUCUGCUGUGUAUGUUCUGGUAAACGAAAGCACAGCCCUCGCACACUGUUACUGAUCUAACUUGUGCGAGCACAGAAUUCUCCUUAGGACUGGAUCAUACUGUACAAUUUGUAGGUAUGGGUGCAAGCUUCUCAGAGGCUGUUGCUGGGAGCCCUUCUGUUUCUGUAGGUGCACUUCUGCUUGGGUGGGCCACACUGUGCUUCUCUUUUCCUUUUGCAAGGUGGUGAUUUUGGGAUGUGGAGGGAAAAAGGGAGAAUGUAUUUUCUAACAGGAGAUGAUUGCUGUGGAUCUCCGGGCGAGGGAAGAGCGUUUGAUGCUGUUUUUUCCUUUCGAGAUCACAUACUGUCUGCAAGACGCGAAUGUUUUAUUUAUUCAGUAGAGUAAAUAUUUUGUAUAUGACGCGAGAAGAAGGCUGUUAUAAUUUUAUUAUGUAAAGGAGGAAAUUAAAGGUGUUGGAUGGAC